AUUAAAUUUUAGUCUCUUAUCCACUCAGUCUCAUUCGGAAACGGCGAAAGAAAGGGAAGAGGGUGAAUAGGGCGAACAAAGAACCAAAUAGCCACGCACUUUCGCCUAGUUCCACACGCCAUCCAACUUGCACCAACCAAAAAUUUGAACAACACCCAACCAACAUCAACCUCACUCCCUCCCCAAUCCUAUCCUGGCCCCUUUUUUCCACACCCCUCCAAACUUCGCCCCUCUUCACUUCCUCCAGGCCCAUAAAAGGCCAAUUCUUUAAAUCCCAUCUACCUAAACAUUAAAUAAACCACUCCCGCCCAUGUCCGAACGCAGCUCUUUCCGGGGUGGUCCCCGGGGUGGUGGUGGUGGACGCGGCGGAGGUCGAGCUGGCGGCGGUAUAGGCGGUUACGGCUACCGUAGCCAUCGAGGUGGCGGUGGCGGUGCAUCAUAUCAACAGCAGCAGCAGCAGUCUGGCGGAGUUCAGGGCGGGCAAGGCUGGCAGCAGGGUCAGCAGCAGCAGCAGCAGGAGAAGCCGAAGAAGGAGAAUAUUUUGGAUCUAACGAAGUAUAUGGAGAAGGAGGUUUGUGUCAAGUUUAAUGGGGGUAGGGAAGUAACCGGCACUCUCAAGGGCUAUGAUCAACUCAUGAACCUCGUCCUCGAUGAUGUAAAAGAAACUAUGCGCGACGACGAGGGUAACCAAACAACCCGCUCCCUCGGCCUCAUCGUCGCCCGCGGCACAUUGCUUGUGCUCAUCUCGCCCGUUGAUGGCAGCGAGGAGAUUGCCAAUCCGUUCUUGCAGGCGGAAGAUGAGUGAUUAUUGUGUGCUCUUGUGUGUUUUGUGGUUUUCAAAUUUGGCUCUUUGAGGGUUAAAUUUUGUUCGUUCCCUUCUUUAUUCAGUUUUUCGUUAUAUUUUAUUUUAUUUUUCCCUUUUCCCCAUUAUUUUCCAGUUCAGCAGCUUUUCUUGGUUUCUGUGAUGGCGUUGCCUGCAUCGGUGCUGCGUGCUGUGCUGUGCUGGGUUUUGAUGUAUUAUUACAGUAUUCGAAUCUUUUCUAUUUCGAAGAUACAAUAACGCGGAAAUGCGACGUCAUGCUAUGUUAUGAUUUAACAUUCCCUUUGUAAAUUAAUAUGAAAGCAGAUAAAUCCAUGUGAUAUCAAAAAUACUUCACUUAAAUGGAGUUCUGAGACAAAAUAAGGAUUACUAGCUAGCUGCGUUCUCCGCAUUAUAACUAUAAAAGACACUUCUCAUUUGCAUUAACUAUUUGCGACUCCAUAUUUGCGUGUUGAAUGCUAAUAACUA